UCUCUCUCUGACGGAAUCCCACACGCUUUCUCUGGAGCAAAACGGGAAAAACAACGGCCGAGCAAAAUGAGGAAAGAUGAUCUCUACAUCACCGUCCCUACUUUCUUCCGAUGUCCUAUAUCUCUCGACGUUAUGAAAUCUCCGGUGAGUCUUUGCACUGGCGUUACAUACGACCGUGCUAGCAUCCAACGGUGGCUCGACGGCGGGAAUAACACUUGUCCGGCGACGAUGCAGAUUCUUCAGAACAAGGAUUUUAUACCCAAUCGUACUCUUCAGCGUCUCAUUGAGAUUUGGUCCGAUUCUGUCCGUCGCCGGACAAGUGUUGAAUCGGCGGAAUUAGCUGCUCCGACGAGGGACGAGAUCUCCGAUGCGAUCGAUAGAGUGAAGAUCGAGAAGGAAGAGAGAUACGACCGCGAGAUUUUAUCUAAGAUUCUCCGAUUCGCGAGAGAAUCCGAUGAUAACAGGGGAUUUCUCGCCGGAAAAGAUGAUUUCGUGCGACUUCUCGUGGAUCUCAUGGGCCAGGUAGAUUUCAAAACUACAUCCACCCCUAAACUACUGGUGGUUCAAGAGGCGGUUAAGAUUCUGAGCAUGAUUCGAACCAAAAUCUCUGAUCGGAGACGGUUUUCGAAUCUGAUUUUAAACAACGGUCGAGAUCGUUUGACGGCAAUUGUCUUCUUGUUUAAAACCGGAAAUGUCGAAUUGAAAGUUGACUGCGCCGGUUUACUGGAAUUCAUCGCCGUCGACGCCGAAUCAAAGCUUCUAAUCGCCGAGAGAGACGGAUUGGUCACCGAGCUAAUGAAAUCGAUUAGCAGAGAAUCCGAUCCGAGCUUAAUUGAAUCGAGCUUAUCCUGCUUGGUCGCAAUUAGUUCACCGAAGCGCGUGAAACUCAAUCUACUCCGAGAGAAACUCAUAAAGGAUCUCACGAAAUUGUUAACAGAUCCAACGAGCGUUUCGGUGACGGAGAAAUGCUUAAAGCUUCUUGAGAUUUUAGCAUCCACAAAGGAAGGCAGAUCGGAAAUCUGCGGCGGAGACGGCGAGUGCCUGAAGACGGUUGUUAAGAAGCUGAUGAAAGUAUCGACGUCAGCGACGGAGCACGCCGUUACGGUGCUUUGGAGCGUCUCUUAUCUUUUCAAGGAAGAGAAGGCGCUUGAAGCGGUUACGAGUACUAACGGCGUUACGAAGAUUCUGUUACUGUUACAGAGCAAUUGCUCUCCCGCCGUUAGGCGCAUGUUAACGGAUCUUCUUAAGGUCUUCAAGGUGAAUUCAAGAUCCUGCCUUUCAGCUUACGACACCAAAACGACACAUAUCAUGCCGUUUUAAUUCAAUUCUUUUACUCACUAGGGGUUCUUAGGAUUUCAUUUCGUGACAGAAUAUUAUUGAGAGAGAAGAGGACAAACAAAAAAAAGCAAGAAAUUGUAAACAAAUUGAAAUUUUGAACAGUGAAUAUAACCUAAAAAAGAAGAUUCAAUUCAUUGGUUAUUGAAUGUGUAGUCUAUAAUUCUCUUAUUAAUAAUGUAAAGUAAUAUCAAA